GCAGUGGCAGCGGUGGCCCCGACAGCCAACACCGAAGAGGUGUUGUAAUGUAACAUGGUGACAAAGAUGAUCAGCCUUGCCCUUGUAAUUACAGUCUAGAGAUUGUAAUUAACAAAGUGCUCGGUCUGGUUGGACUGCCCCAUCCGCUGUCUAAGAAAUCACCUAGCUUUAAGUGACUUUUGAAAGCUUUACCACGUAUGUGUGUAUAUGUAUGAUAAAAAAAAAAAACAUGAUCAUUAAUAACCAUAAAAAUUAAAAAAAAAAAGAUCAAGCAAACUGAACCCAAGCAAAAAAAAAAUAAAAAUAAAAAUAAGUAAUAAUCAUAAUAAUAACCAAUAAAAAAGUCCUAUAUUCUAUUGUGACUUUAAAAUCUGAGGUUUUUUAUAAAGUGCAUCAACAUAAUCAAGAGGAGAAAAUAUUGGACACUACCUCUGUGUGUCUGACUGUCUGCGUGUGAGAAGAGAUGAGCAAGACAUACCAGUUUGUGUUCAUAGUGAAUUAGCCCUUCGUCAGUUUCGAGACCUAUUUUUGCUACCGGGAAGGAACCGUGAUACCUUAAGGCUGUGAUCAUUUUAAGUGGACGUCAUAAUGGCAGCUCAGCAGCAGAUGACGGGAGACCAACAGAAGUUGAUGGACGAGGUCAUAUGUGCCAUCAAAGCAUGCCUGAACUCUGUCAAGGGUGAAAUACCCAUGGAAACAUUACACAAGGAUUACAGAGAGUUGGAGGGCAAACCAAUACCUUAUAGAGAGCUGCACCAUGCAACGCUAGCCAGCUUCUUGCAGUCAGUGCCUGAGGUUAUCCAGCUCAGAAAUCGUGGUGGCCAGCUCUUUGCCUCAUUGGUAAGGAAAGCAGGGGCAGCAGACCACAUUGGACAGAUGGUUGACAGGCAGAAGACCACCAAAAAACAGCCAAAGGUCCGACAGAGGCCGGCACGUCACCCCAAAAGGCCAUCUGCUUGGGUACCUCCAUCAGGUGCACGCAAUGCUUCUUUUACCAAAAAGAUAGAGCAGUCCUGGCAAGAGCCUUUCAAGCCUUAUCCUGGUCCUAACUUUGGCACAUCCCGGCAUGCCAACACAUCACUAAGACAAAAUUACACACAGCAAAGAACAAAUCCAUCAUCUGCCAAUUCAUCUAAUCCAAACCCAAAGCCUAAUGACCCUAAUACCAAGGCAAACAACCUCCCUGCGAGACAACACAACCCAAGGCAAGGUACCAAAACUCCAUCUCCUGAACCGACGGCCUCCUCUCCCAAACCCACUAAUAAUGCGGGCAAGUCUGGACUCUUUUACAACGACGGAACCUGGGUGAUUCCAAGGGCUGUGCGUAACAACCAGGAAAAGCAGUUUGCCCCUUACUUUGAGGUUCCUCCUCGCUUCAACAACAGUGUGAAGGGCAGUGAAGGUAAGCCCGGAGGCAAAACAUACAAGCAACUUUUAGAGGAGGAGGUGAAAAAAUUCAGCAGCAAUGAAGAAGUUGUUGUUUUCCGCACAAUCCCGUGGGGCAAGAAGAAACAGUACUGGCUCUCUACUGUUACUAUCUUGAACAGGAAGGUGAGCAGUUUUCCAGAGGAGAAAGAGAAACCCGAGGAUGCAGAAGAGCUGGUGGCCAAGAACGCCCUCGAAUUGCUGCGGCAAAUGAACAAACCUGACCUACCUGUUCAAAAUGACAUGGAUAUAUCGGUUCCUAGGGUCAAGGAGUUGUUGGCAGAGCAGAAUUCAGACAUCCUGUGGUGGGUACAUGUGCGGGAACUUUAUCAGAAUCGGUACCAAGAGAUACUGCCUGAGAAUUGGAUAAAAAGUGUUGACCAAAACAAGUCUGGCGUCCUCCUGGAGAACCCCUGCCAGGACCGCUGGACUGUCCGCCUGGCGCAGCAGAAGAAUGAGACCAAGGCACCUCGCAACACAUCUGUGCCAAACUACCUGGAUCAGCAUCUAUGUGCAAAGCCCCAGCCACUGAGACAGCCCUCUGCCCAAGCCUCUCAGGUGUAUGACGAGUUCUGUCAGCAUAUUGAAAAUGAACGACAACAACAACUGGUUCAGCAGCAACAGCAACCACGACAGCAGCAUCAGGAGCUGCAAUAUCAGAAGAAAGAAUUUACUGAACGGAGGCCAUUUGCGCCGAAGGGAAAAGAGGUGUCCAGUACCGAGGUCAUGUCUGCUCUUGGAAAUUUGCACGUUGGCAAGGCAGAAGGAAGCCUGCAAGAGCCCUCUCAGAUUCCUCCUCUCGAGCUGCCUAAUUCAAAUUACUGGGAUAUCUACGUCACUUACAUCCAGGACUUCAACAACAUCAAGUUCCGUCUGAUUGGCGACCAGUAUAGCAAUGCCUAUGAUGACUUGGUAACUGACAUGGAACUCUAUUAUAUGGAGGAGAAAAACCUUUCUCCCGUGUCCGAAACCAUUACCGGAAAAGUCUAUGCAGCCAGUUAUGACGAGUCUUGGUUUAGAGUCCAGGUUUUGUCUGUUAAUGGUGACCAGGUGACAGUUCUCUUCAUAGAUCAUGGAGAUGAGGAACAGCUGUCACUCUCAUUGAUCCACAACCUUCAUAAGAAUUUCUGUAAUCUUCCAGCACAGAGUGUAUCUUGUGCACUAGCAGGCUUGGAGUAUGGAGGAAAGGAUCAGUCUGCCCUUAACCUCCUACAGACCUUAGCCCUUGGUCAGACUCUUGUUGGUCAGGUGGUCUCUCGCCAAGACAGCAUCUCUCUUAUCCUCUUCAAUACAGCUACAGAGGAAGACAUCAACAUUAAUGAGAAAGUGUCGCAGCAGCUUGACCUCAACUUCGUGGAGCCAACUCUUCCCCAGGUUGGCGGUGUAGCAGAGGUGUAUGUGAUGCACGUCACCUCUAGUGGAGAUAUUUAUGUUCAGAUUGAGACAGAGACCUUCAAGCUGCUUGAGAACCUCUUAGAGAUGGCAAGAAGUCGAACUGAGGAGAUGUUGGGAGAAGAUGUGAAGAUAGACCCGACCCGCCUCUACCUGGCCCAGUUCUCCGAAGAUGGCCAGUGGUACCGUGCAGCACCUCGAAGCAGUGUCGAUCCAGAUGGCAAGGUUUUGAUGUGGUUUGUGGACUUUGGCAACUCUGACCGAGUGCCGUCCGCCAGCCUAAGGCCGCUGGAAGGUGUCAAUGAACGUCUGACCAAAAUCCCACAUCAGGCCCUCUUAUGUCGCCUGCACAAUGUACCAUCUGCUGGCUUGGAAUGGACUGAACGUGCUUGUCACCGAUUAAUGGAGCUGUUGCCGGAGGACUCCCCUCUGCUUCUAAAGGUGCAAGCUGUUAAAAGUAAUGGUCCUCCUUUGGUUGAGCUAUUCAAGCGUUUACAGCCUCAAAAUGAGCUGGUGUCCAUAAAUGCUACUCUCAGCAUAGACAACAGUCUCUUCAGAAAUGAUGGUGAUAGCAAUAACAAUAGCGUCAACAAGGAGGUGGUCCUUUCCCCUUCGCGAACAAGAUCACGACGUUCUUCUACAAACAGCCAAACUUCCAGCAGCUCUGGUCUGAACUCGGGCCCAUCAUCUAUGAACAGUUAUUAUGAAUCGACCCCAACUUCGCCGCGUCCUGGGGCACUGAUUCCUAUGGAGGUGCCUCGUGUUGGGGAAUACUUCGAUGUUUAUGUAACUUAUGCUGCUAGCCCAUCAAACUUUGCUGUUCAGUCCUGGAAGAUGACCAAGAAAUUGUCUGCCUUGAUGUCCAAGAUGCAUGUGUACUACAACAAUGCUAACAAUCUCCAGACACUUGAUGAACUUCAGGCUGGAGGCUUCUAUGCAGUCAAGCACAGUGAUGAUUCUUGGUACAGGUAUGCAAGGAGGUUCAUUGUUAAUCCAUCACAGCUUUAUCCUUGCAUAUCAGCGGCAAACCUAGACUGGACCCCAGAGGACUGUUGCCGCUUCCAGGAGCUUGUUGAGUACCGGGAGUUUGUCUCGAUUGUGGCAAACAUUGAAUCCGCAAAUGACAGUGAUGGCUAUGUAAUCUCGCUUAGACUUAUUAACACAUCAGACCCCAAACUUGAUGUGUACAUUGAUCAGAUUUUGGUGGAUGAGGGGAGAGCAGUGAGACAGCAUGUGCAUAAAAUGGAGAUAAAGUUAGAUCUGUAA